AAUUACCUAAUUUACGGUGGGCAGUGUGCUUCAUUUGUUAGCAAAUUGUCGAAACCCCCAUCGUCGUCUUCACUGAUGCGCUCCCUUGCUCGGCUUCCCACAUCCCCCAACUCCUCUCUCUGUCCUUUUUAAUCGAAAUUCCUCCCAAAACCCUAACUUAUUAAUCUCUCUCCAUUUGCACUAAUUCUGCGAAUUAAGGCGAAUUCAACACUGCCAUCGCCAAUUUAGGUGAGUUCAUCCUUCUUUAUUAUUGUUAAUGGGGUAUUCGGAAGUGGUCAACAACUCUUUACCUCCUGGGGCGAUUCCUCAGCAGCCCGUGCGUCCUCCAGUGGCGCAGUUCGUUCCUGGAAAUGCCGCUUCACAGAUGAUGCCACCACCAGUGCCAAUCCCACAAAGAGAAUCAUCAGCUGCUACUAACUUUACUUAUAGUGCAAAUUAUCAGUCGGGGUCCAAGCAGGAGGUUUCCACACCCACUGCUGCAACUGGUGUCCUAAAAGAAGCAAGUCCAACAUCUUCAUCUGGUUUGUCACCUGUACAAGCUUCUUCAAGUUCCGAGACACCUGUAUCUGCUGCGUCUAAUGUCAGUCAAGUGGCAACACCAAUUUCUGGUUCCCCGUCAUUUACAUUGCACUCUGGGUUUCCUGCUGGAUCAGUGAUUCCUGGCUUGCCAGGGCAAGCAGGUUCAACUGUACUGUCCUCCAGCCCUUCAGUCUCUUCCGCAGUAAUGGGUUCUUUUGCACCUGCAGUAUUAAGAUCGCCAGUGGUUCCGCUUCCAUCAAAUCCAGCUUUUCAACCACAAGUAUAUCCUCUGUAUGCAUCUAUGCCUAGUACUGGUGCUUCACCUCAACCAAUUUGGUUGCAGCCCCCACAAAUGGGUGGACUGAGGCCCCCAUUUUUACCAUAUCCUCCUGCUUUUCCUGGCCCCUUUGGUUUGGCUGCACGUGGUGUGUCUCUUCCUUCUGUUCCCGUCCCAGAUGCUCAGCCUCCCGGUAUUACACCUGUUAAUAAUCUUGGUGGUAUGCGCCCAUCUUCCGUCUCUUCUUCUGUUAUUCAGAUGGCCCAUAGUUCAAUGAUGCAAUCCGAAGUACCAUCUCCUGGGACUGUUAACAGUAAGCAGACUUCUGAUGCUGGUACAAAUGGUAAUUAUGUUCAGAAUGAUCACUUGGAUGCAUGGAGUGCACAUAGAACUGAAACCGGGGCUUUAUAUUAUUACAAUGCUAUAACUGGGGAAUCAACGUAUGAAAAACCUUCUGCUUUCAAAGGAGAGCCUGCAAAAGCAAUUACACAACCUACUCCUGUUGCAUGGGAGAAGGUGAAUGGCACUGAUUGGGCACUGGUCUCCACCAAUGAUGGAAAAAAGUACUAUUAUAACACCAAAAAUGAGACUAGCAGCUGGCAAGUACCACCAGAGGUAACUGAGUUGAGAAAAAAGCAGGAAAAUGACAAUGCAAAAGAAAAUUCAAUGUCAGUACCAAAUUCCAACGAAUUACAUGAAAAAGGAUCUGGUCCUACUAGUAUAAGUGCCCCUGCUCUCAAUACAGGUGGUCGUGAUGCUAUAGCCCUUAGAGCCUCUGGUGCUCCAGGAUCAUCUUCUGCCCUUGAUUUGAUUAAAAAAAAGCUUCAUGAAUCGGGAGCUCAGGUUACCUCUUUCUCAACUAUUUCGUCAGGAUCAGCAUUGUUAGAAGUUAAUGGGUCUAAAACAGUUGACCCUACAGCUAAGGGCUUACAGAGUGAAGGAAGCAAGGAUAAGCCAAGAGAUGGUGAAGGAGAUGGCAAUAUAUCUGACUUGUCAUCAGAUUCGGAGGAUGAAGAUAGUGGACCAACCAAGGAGGAGCGCAUAGCUCAGUUCAAGGAUAUGCUUAAAGAACGUGGAGUGGCACCUUUCUCAAAGUGGGAUAAAGAGUUACCGAAGAUCGUGUUUGAUCCACGCUUCAAGGAAAUUCCUACUUAUGCCGAGCGUAGAUCGUUAUUCGAACAUUAUGUUCGAACACGAGCUGAAGCGGAACGUAAAGAAAAGAGAGCUGCUCAAAAGGCUGCAGUUGAGGGUUUCAAGCAAUUGUUAGAAGAAGCAAAGGAGGAUAUUGAUCAUACUACUACUUAUCAUACAUUUAGGAAGAGAUGGGGCCAUGAUCAGCGAUUUGAGGCCUUAGAGCGCAAGGAUCGAGAAGUUUUUCUCAAUGAGAGGGUCCUUUCACUAAAGAGGGUCGCAGAGGAAAAAAUCCGAGCUGAACGUACAGUUGUCGUUUCUAAUUUCAAAUCCAUGCUUCGAGAAAGAGGAGACGUAACUGCAAGUUCUCGUUGGUCAAGGGUGAAGGAUGGCCUUCGGGAUGACAGUAGAUACAAAGCUGUCAAGCAUGAAGAGCGAGAGGCUUUAUUCAAUGCAUACAUAUCGGAGUUAAAGGCUGCAGAUGAUGAGGUGGAGAGGGAAGCAAAGGCAAAAAGGGAGGAACAGGAGAAGUUGAAAGAGAGAGAAAGAGAACUUCGAAAGAGAAAAGAACGAGAGGAGCAACAGAUGGAAAGAGUACGGUCGAAGGUUCGUAGGAAGGAAGCGGUUGCAUCAUAUCUAGCAUUACUAGUUGAAACAAUAAAAAGUCAUCAGGCGUCUUGGACAGAGUCAAAACCUAAACUUGUUAAAGAUCCACAAGGACGUGCAUCAAAUCCUGAUUUGGAUGAAUCUGACUUGGAGAGGCUAUUUCGAGAACAUGUGAAGAUGCUUUAUGAGAGGUGUGCAUGUGACUUCAGAGCUCUUUUGGUGGAGAAAAUAACUCCUGAAGCAGCAACAAGGGAAACAGAAGAUGGGAAAACAGUUCUUAAUUCUUGGUCUACUGCAAAAAAGUUUCUGAAAUCUGACCCUAGGUAUACAAAAAUGCCGAGAAAAGACAGAGAAGCGCUUUGGAAAAGGCAUGCUGAGGAAUUGCAGCGUAAGCAAAAAGGUGCUGUUGAACAGAAGGGAGACCAGUACAAUGAAUCUAAAAAUAGAAAUGCAAAUGAUUCUGGGAGGCCUUUGUCAGUAUCCAGAAGUGGGCAGGAUUGGAGAUAAUGCUGUUUACAAGGAUUUGUCAUGAAUGAGAAGAAAUCCCCAUUCACAAGUAAGGCGACUUUCUCUUUGGGCAUCAAGAGGAUUGGGGAAUUUUGGUUUAAUGAAAUGUUUGGUGACUUGCUGAAUUGCAAAUGCUGGAGGCAAACAAAGAACAAAAAUGAGCUCUAUGUGAGAUGACUGCACUUCACAGAGAUAAAGAUGACUCAGAACUUGCAAGACACUAUCACUGGAGUGACAAACGUGAGUUUCAGAUCUGUAGACAUUACAUGGGGUUGGAUGUAUUAGGAAGUAUAUGAAGCUUAGAAAAAUUGUAGCAGUAGGCUUACAAAAUUGAAUCAAGUUCAGAAUUUCUUUGUAUAUAAUUGACCAUUUUUUUGGGUACUUCAAGCUACUGUUGGCUUUUAUGAUAUUUGACUCAAUUCUCUUC